AUGUAUAGAUUGAUAUCAGUAGCACCAUUUGCAUUUAAAAGUAUCCGUAAGGGACAUAAUUGGGCAAUACCAUUGAUAUGCUAUCGGUCACAGUUACGAUCAUUUCAUAAAACUUCACCUGUUCGUAUAAAUCCACUUUUACCUUUUGAUGUUUUAGAAGAAGUACAGAAUGAUGAACUUGAAGAGAAAAAUGAAAAGUUGAAAAAGGACAAGAAGAAAUUAAUCAAAGAAAAAAAAAAGAUGAAGAAAAAUGACGGUGAAUCAAAGAAGCCAGAGGACAAAACGCCUCAAAGUAAGGAUUUAAGUGAAGAUGAUUUCAAGACUACCAAUGACACAAUUCCACUUAAAAGGGCUGUUAUGCCUAACAUGAAGGUUAUAGAGCUUCAAAAAAAUUAUAACGAGGGCGAUACUGGAAGCACAAGAAAGGCAGAAGAUGCAGAGAGUAACAAUACAUCAACACAACAUGGGAGUAAAUCAGCUUCAGGCGCAUCUACAGGGGGCGGAAGUCAUAACGGGGGAAACGGAGGAAAUGGACCUCCAUCUGGAAAUAAAGAUGAAGUAGAACCAGAAGGAGAUAAAAAUUCUGAUAAAACAGAUGAGAAUAGAAGGAUAGAAGAGGAAAAGGCAAGGGAAAAAGAAAAUCAGAAUAAAAAGAAUCAAGAAGAAGAAGAAGAACUUGAAGAAUCAGAAGACAUUGAAGAGGAAGAGCCAAAUAAAUUUAAGGAAGGAUUAGCUAAGUUUGGUAAGUUCUUGUUUAAAUGCUUAGAAACUAUUGGCAUUACGUUUAGUUCCAUCGCUAUUUUAGGUAUGGCUGGCUUAUUAUACCAUAGAUUUUACGGCAUCCAUGUGCUUGAUAAGAUGGAUCUAGCUUUUGAAAAGGGUGAUCCCGCAUUUCAAUUAUCAAUGCAUAAAAGAACCAAUAAAAGUACCGAUAAUGUUGAAUGCGAUGGUGAUGAUUUAUCCCAAUACUGGGUUGAACGUCCACAACAAAGAUUACUUGACGAUAUUGUUUCUGGGAAAAUCAUUGGAAGAUACUUUUUACUAAUUGGAGAGAAAGGCACAGGCAAAACUUCAUUAUUGUUAGAGUCUAUGAAGAAAGUAGAUGGGUACAACGUAGCAAUUUUCGAUGCACAUGCAGAUCCUGAAAUAUUUAGGAUCAGAUUAGGUAAAGCAUUAAAUUUCACUUUUUCUGAAGAUUACAUAGGCUCGCUAUUCAGUAUUAGAGGACCCAGAGAUACCACUGCUUUGUUGGAUAUUGAGAGAGCUUUUAGUAAACUAGAAGAAUUAGCAAUUAGAAGGGUUACCAAAACAAACAACCGCCCAUUAGUGUUAAUUAUUAAUAAUGCCCAUCUAAUUAAAGAGACGGAGGAAGGCAUUAAAUUGAUAGAAUUACUUCAACAAAAAUCUGAGAGCUUAAGCGGAUCAGGACUUGUAACAAUAAUUUUCAAUUCUGAUGAUUAUUGGGUAUAUGAAAAAUUAAAAAGACUAGGUACGAGAUUAGAGCUAAUCAACGUGAGAGAUUUUAAUAAAAAGGAAACUGUGAAGUCAUUAAAAUUUAUUAGAGAAAAAUUCUUCCCUUCGAGAAAUUUUCCAGACUUAAAGUUGGACGAUGAAAUGUGUGGAAGCAUUUAUGAUUUAAUUGGUGGAAGGCCACAGCACAUAUCGCAAGUUGCUAGACAUAAGGAUAUUAUUACUGCGUGCCAUCAAAUAAUUGACCGUGAGAAGACGUGGUUUCUAAAUCAAUGUGGAUUAUUAGGUAUGGAUAUGGACGAUGAUGUAAUGGAAAGCGGGAAAUUUUCGACUAGCGCAAUGCUCUUAAUGAGAGCAUUUGUAGAGAUGGAUAGAGAUAGAUUAGCCAAUGCUCCUUAUGAUGAUCAUAAUUCUGAAGACCAUCAUUUACCUGAUUUACCAUUGUGGAGAGCGAGGCAGAUCAUGACGCGUGCUGAUUAUAUUCAGCAGUAUGAUAAUUUGAAUAUAUUCACUAUUGAUUCUGAAUCAACAGUACGUGCUGACUCUGUACCAAUGAUGAGAGCAUUUCAUGAAAUUGCCUCACAGCCGCAUUUUGACGAAUUAUUGGAAGAUACAAUUGAGAGAGUAGCUGAUAUCGAAUCAUUAGGAAGAACACGAGAAAUAGUGCUUAAAGACUUGAAUUAUGGCAGUACAUACGGUAUAAAUCACAAAGAUAAAUUAUAUGAAGUUCUGUUGACAAAAUCACGAAAGCAAAAAAUUAAGGAUGGAGAUUUAGAUGAUGAUGACAAUGACGAUGACUGUGAAUUAUUAUUAGAAGAUGUCAAUAGAAAGAAUAAGACAAAAACCUGGAAAAAAAGAAUGCUGAAACUUGGACAAUUAUAUUUAAACUCAGACCAACAACCAAAGGAUAAAUAUGAUAUUGACAUCAAUAGAUCUAAAUGA